AUGCCGGAACUGGCGCGGUCAAUCCCUCGCUCAUGGACCUCGACAUUGAAACUUCCUAAAUCAUCAUUCCCUCCACGCGUAUCGCCUGUCGAUCGGACGAAAUACCUAAAACGAUGCACCGAUGAUCUCUACGCCUGGCAACGCCGCGAAAGGCCCGCCGACCAACCAUUCGUCCUGCACGAUGGUCCACCAUAUGCGAACGGCGACCUCCAUGUUGGACAUGCGCUCAACAAAAUCUUGAAGGAUAUCAUCUGUCGCGUACAAUUGGGUCGCGGGAAGAGGGUGCGGUACGUGCCGGGCUGGGACUGCCAUGGACUGCCGAUCGAGCUCAAAGCACUCCAAGGGCUGCGCAACGAGGACAUUGCAAGCGGAUCUGUCAGCGCGGCGGUUAUUCGCACGUCCGCGCGGAAAUUGGCUAGACAAACUGUGAAGGAGCAGAUGAAAGUGUUCCGUGGCUGCGCGGUCAUGGCCGACUGGGAGAACCACUGGAAGACCAUGGACAAACAAUUCGAGAUGCGACAGUUGGGUAUCUUCCGGGGGAUGGUGGAUCGAGGUCUCAUCUACCGAAAGUUCAAGCCGGUUUACUGGUCGCCUUCAACGGGUACCGCUCUUGCGGAAGCAGAACUGGAAUACAAGGAUGAUCAUAUCUCAACCGCCGCCCUGGUCAAGUUCCCUCUUGUCGAUAUCCCCACAUAUCUCUCUGAGAAUCCUCUUCUUCGUGGAAAGGAUCUGAGUGCUGUGAUUUGGACCACUACCCCCUGGACGCUGCCUGCCAAUGCUGCCAUUGCAGUCAGCGAGUCUUUGGAAUACACUAUUGUCUUGUCGGAAAAACAUGGCCAUCUUCUUAUCGCUCAAUCACGGUUCGAGUACCUCCAGCACAUGCUGAAAGAAGAUCUCUCUGUCAUUGUGCCGUCUAUCAUGGGAUCCGAACUGGCAGAGCAAACUACGUAUCGACCUCUAUUCAAAGGACCUGAAGCUCAGCCGCAGCCCAUCUUCGCCGCGGAAUUUGUUACUGCUGAUUCUGGCUCUGGCAUGGUUCACUGCGCGCCUGGUCACGGAAUGGAUGACUACGAAGCAUGUCUUGCGCGUGGCAUUCCUGUUUUCGCUCCCGUCAACGAUGAGGGCAAAUUCACAGAUAAGGCCAUGCCCCUCGAUCCUACACGUUUAGCCGGUAAGCCUGUCUUGGGAGAAGGUAACACCGCAGUGUUGGAAUGGGUCGAAUCGUGUGAUCAGUUGCUUGCCCAACAUACGUACGAGCACAAGUACCCUUACGACUGGCGCUCAAAGCUUCCGAUCAUUGUUCGGGCAACUGAGCAGUGGUUUGCCGAUGUGGCUGAUAUCCGUAGCAGUGCUCUUCGAGCCUUGCAAGAUGUCCGCUUCGUUCCCGAGACUGGGAAGCAACGACUCGAGAACUUUGUGAAAAACCGGAGCGAAUGGUGUAUCUCGCGUCAGCGCGCGUGGGGUGUUCCGAUUCCUGCAAUCUAUCACCGGACCACUGGAGAGGCCGUUUUGACUAAAGAUAGUGUUUCACAUAUCAUGGCCACAAUCGAAGAGCGGGGAAUUGAUGCUUGGUGGACCGACAGUGCGGAUGAAGCUGCAUGGAUUCCUCUGUCCUUGCGGGACGAGGCUGGGGCGGGGUAUCGACGUGGAACAGAUACCAUGGACGUUUGGUUUGACAGUGGUACCAGCUGGGCAGAGAUCGAUGUUCCUAUGGAAGGUCGGAGUCAUCCUGCGGACGUGUAUCUCGAAGGUACUGAUCAACACCGUGGUUGGUUCCAGUCCGGACUUCUCACGUAUAUCUCACACCAGCUCGGCUCGGGUCAAUCCACGCCUCGUGCACCAUUCAAGAACCUCAUCACCCACGGUUUCACUCUGGAUGAACAUGGCCGGAAAAUGAGCAAGUCGAUUGGCAACGUGAUGUACCCUCAGACUAUCAUGGAUGGAACUCUGCUGCCUCCUCUCAAACCCCGCAAGGGGAAAGGAAAGAAGCAACCCGAGAACCAAGAACCCGUGUACGACGCUCUUGGCCCCGAUGCGCUUCGCAUGUGGGCAGCGAGCAGCGACUACACACGUGACGUGGUGAUUGGAAAACAGGUACUCCAGACCGUCAACACCAGUCUCCACAAGUUCCGUGUCACCUUCAAGUUGCUGCUAGGUGCCCUUGCCGAUUUCCGUCCAGAGAAUGUUGUCCCAUACAGGCAGCUGCAGCUGGUCGAUCGAAUUGCACUCAAACACCUCUCGGACAUGGUACUCACCUCGCAGAAGGCAUGUGACAACUUCGAGUUCUACAAGGGCGUGAGCACGAUGAACCGGUGGGCCAACCUCGAGUUUUCAGCAUUCUACAUGGAGGCGAUCAAGGACCGACUCUACACUCUUGGUGCGGACAGCACGAGUCGCCGGGCCGCGCAAACGACCUUAUUCUACAUCUACAAUUAUCUUCAAGAGACGCUGGCUCCGAUCACACCAAUGCUCGUGGAAGAAACAUGGGAACAUACUCCCGAGUCUAUCCGCACCCAAUCUGAGCACCCCCUGCAGCGUAUUAUUUCCGCCCCAGCCCCGGAGUGGCAGGAUUUAGCCCUGGACACCAGCUACCAGGAGCUGACGGUAGUCCACUCCGCCAUCAAGAACUUGCAGGAGCAGGCCCGUAGUAAAAAACAGCUUGGCUCCUCCCUACAGUCCUUUGUCCACAUUGUGCUCCCCAGCAACUCUGGAUUGUUCCAGCAGUAUCUGUCAGAACUCCCUGAUCUCUUCGUUGUGUCUUCCAUCACCCUGGGAUCCCACAGUGAAGCUCUCCCGACCGACAUCAAGGAUGCUGAAUGGCAAUACGAGGAGACCUUCGAGCUGAAUGGCCAGCCAGGCAAAGUAUAUGUGUACGCGCCACAGGCCUCCAAGUGUCCACGGUGCUGGCGGUACGCCAUUCCGGAUCCGGUGGCGAUCGAAAAUACGAUCUGCGACCGGUGUGAUACAGUGGUGCAUGAGGCAAACGCCUAG